CGUACACCCGCAUAGCUACAGUCGAAAAAAAAACUUCUGGUUAGACUCUGAUUCAACAGCCUCCUCAAUCGCCUGAUAAACCCCACUACACAAAGUUUACUUGCCAUGUUCGCCUUGAAUAAGCGCUCGUGGGGGUCGGCUGCCCAAACACUUUUGCGAUUCCGGAGCAGCGUUGCCAGUUCUCCAAGUCUGCAUGCCGCCCCAGGUGAAAACUUGUCCGACAUGACGGAUUUGGAAAUGAAGGACGAGACUCACAAGAGACAGCGGAAACUAGCGGCCACGCAGUUCAAGAUGAAGAUCUACGCGAACGGCGAGAACCAGCCCGGCUCGCUGAACUUCAGAAAGCCGAUCCAUGACCAUCUUCAUAAGGGAUCUCCCAUCAAAGAAUUGACCGUAGUUAAGAAGCAAACUGCCGGUCGUAACAACACCGGUAAAAUCACUGUACGUGGUCGCGGAGGAGGACACAAGCGCCGUGUGCGGUUGGUGGACUCCCACAGGCUUGUUGCGGGCAAGCAGACGGUUUUGCGGAUCGAAUACGAUCCAAACAGAUCGGGCCACAUUGCCCUAAUCAAGCACAACGAAACGGGCAGCUUGAGCUACAUCUUGGCCUCCUCAGGCUUGAGAGCCGGUGAUAUGGUGGAAUCCUUCCGCAAAGGUAUACCAAGUGACUUCUUGCAAGAGAUGAAGUUGACGAACAAUGGAGAGGUGGACGAGGCAUUGUUAAACUCGCGUGUGAUGCAGAAAGGCAACUGUAUGCCGUUGAAAAUGUUUCCUGUGGGGUCCAUCAUUCAUAACAUCGGUUUGCGCCAAGACGGCCGUGGUCAGCUCGUUAAAGCUGCAGGCACAUUUGGCCGUUUGUUGUCAAAGGCGCCAGAAAAGCACAGAGUCAUUGUCAGAUUGAGCUCCGGCGAACAUCGUUACAUCCAUGAAGACUGCCAUGCGACUUUGGGCAUGGUCUCCAACAGAGAGCACCUGGUCAUUUCCUGGGGUAAAGCCGGAAGAAGCCGUCACAGAGGUUUCAGGCCGAAGGUCAGAGGUGUGGCCAUGAACGCUCACGACCAUCCACACGGUGGUGGUAGAGGUAAGUCCAAGUCGAACAAGGUAUCACAGUCCAUGUGGGGUAUCAAGAAGUUUGCCAGAACCAGAAAGUUCAAGCGCGUUAAUAAGAUGAAGGUCAAGGACAGACGCGCGUAAUCGGGUUGAAGGGACAUAUAAUCUUGUACAUAC